GACGGGUUAGUUCUUUUGAUCUUCUCUACAGAAACGGGACGGAAACAUUUCCCUUGACUGGCGGCGGCGACAACUCGACCGGUCGAUCUUGCGGCAGUGCAACUACAUUUUACCAUCCAGGUAAGAGCUGGUAAGUGAUGAGCUAGCGGUCAAGUUCAAGGAAUGACUGGAAGGUUAACUUUGGAAAACCAAAGAAGUACAAAAAAUGCAGCCUGGUGACCUGCAGCAACAGUCACUGGGAUAUCAGCAGGCGGAGGAGGAGCAGCUGCCGGAGAUGAUGCAACAUGAAGAGCAUCAACAAGAGUACGUGCACGGCGGGGAAUCAAGGUGUACUAUAUAUGGUUGCGGUGGGGAGCGACUCCAAUGGACAAAUGACACAAACAUUGACCUCGGGCAAUGGCUAUGACAAGGACUUAAGACUCAUGUUUGUGUAUGUUAAAUUCAUGUUGGUGUUAAACUGAGUUCUUCAGUUCAACACUUUGAUCAUCUAUAUCUUUAUUUAUUGAUAAAUAUUUAUUAUAAAAUAUUUUAUUUUAAAAUUAUGUUAUGUUUCAAAAUGGAAUCAUUGUAGAGUAGCCCUCUGUUCCAAAUUUUCCGUUUGCUUUUUCACGUAGUUUAAUAAAAUUGAAUCAUUUGG